CUGUUAUAUAGCGUAGCAGACGAGACCUACAGUGUAUCUUGCUGAUCCAGGGCAGAGCAAACGUAAAGGCUCUCUUACAGAUAUUGUAAACAUCAUGCUAAUUAAAGCGGGUUACCUCCUCUUAGUUGGUGCAUUCUACGUGGCUGGUCAGACUGUGUCUUCUGAGGCGGAAAAUGCUUCUGAAGAAAUAAACUCUGUUCCUGAUGUGACGGACACUGAUUCUGAAGUUAAUGAUUUCAAACAAUCUUUAAGUGAUUUAGGAAAAAAAAUAUUCUUGAACAAAGUGGCCGCUGCAAAUGAGGCAGCUAAAUGGGCAACUGCAACUUCACCGUUCUCAAGUCUUUUUGCUAGAGAUUUCAACAACUUAGAAGAGCCACUAAAUACCAAUCGAAAACGUUUGGACUGGCCUGGCAGAGAUACUGAAGACAAAGAAAGACAACAAAAUAUCAAUAACAGAGACGCUGGAGAUGAGAUUGCAAAAUGGGCACCUUUAGUGUUUAGUAUUUUUGGCAGAGAUACUGACAAGCUAGUUGAGCAAUUGAAUAAGAGAGACACUGCUGGUGACAUUGCAACUUGGUUACCUAUAGCUAUUUCAGUGUUAGAUUUAUUUGGCAGAGAUACAGACAAGCUAGUUGAGCAAUUGAAUAAGAGAGACACUGAUGAUGGCAUUGAAACUUGGUUACCUAUAGCUAUUUCAGUGUUAGAUUUAUUUGGCAGAGAUACAGACAAGCUAGUUGAGCAAUUGAAUAAGAGAGACACUGCUGGUGACAUUGCAACUUGGUUACCUAUAGCUAUUUCAGUGUUAGAUUUAUUUGGCAGAGAUACAGACAAGCUAGUUGAGCAAUUGAAUAAGAGAGACACUGCUGGUGACAUUGCAACUUGGUUACCUAUAGCUAUUUCAGUGUUAGAUUUAUUUGGCAGAGAUACAGACAAGCUAGUUGAGCAAUUGAAUAAGAGAGACACUGAUGAUGGCAUUGAAACUUGGUUACCUAUAGCUAUUUCAGUGUUAGAUUUAUUUGGCAGAGAUACAGACAAGCUAGUUGAGCAAUUGAAUAAGAGAGACACUGCUGGUGACAUUGCAACUUGGUUACCUAUAGCUAUUUCAGUGUUAGAUUUUUUUGGCAGAGAUACAGACAAGCUAGUUGAGCAAUUGAAUAAGAGAGACACUGCUGGUGACAUUGCAACUUGGUUACCUAUAGCUAUUUCAGUGUUAGAUUUUUUUGGCAGAGAUACAGACAAGCUAGUUGAGCAAUUGAAUAAGAGAGACACUGCUGGUGACAUUGCAACUUGGUUACCUAUAGCUAUUUCAGUGUUAGAUUUAUUUGGCAGAGAUACAGACAAGCUAGUUGAGCAAUUGAAUAAGAGAGACACUGCUGGUGACAUUGCAACUUGGUUACCUAUAGCUAUUUCAGUGUUAGAUUUAUUUGGCAGAGAUACAGACAAGCUAGUUGAGCAAUUGAAUAAGAGAGACACUGAUGAUGGCAUUGAAACUUGGUUACCUAUAGCUAUUUCAGUGUUAGAUUUAUUUGGCAGAGAUACAGACAAGCUAGUUGAGCAAUUGAAUAAGAGAGACACUGCUGGUGACAUUGCAACUUGGUUACCUAUAGCUAUUUCAGUGUUAGAUUUUUUUGGCAGAGAUACAGACAAGCUAGUUGAGCAAUUGAAUAAGAGAGACACUGCUGGUGACAUUGCAACUUGGUUACCUAUAGCUAUUUCAGUGUUAGAUUUUUUUGGCAGAGAUACAGACAAGCUAGUUGAGCAAUUGAAUAAGAGAGACACUGCUGGUGACAUUGCAACUUGGUUACCUGUAGCUAUUUCAUUGUUAGAUUUUUUUGGCAGAGAUACAGACAAGCUAGUUGAGCAAUUGAAUAAGAGAGACACUGCUGGUGACAUUGCAACUUGGUUACCUGUAGCUAUUUCAGUGUUAGAUUUUUUUGGCAGAGAUACAGACAAGCUUGUUGAGCAAUUGAAUAAGAGAGACACUGCUGGUGACAUUGCAACUUGGUUACCUGUAGCUAUUUCAUUGUUAGAUUUUUUUGGCAGAGAUACAGACAAGCUAGUUGAGCAAUUGAAUAAGAGAGACACUGAUGAUGACAUUGCAAAUUGGGUAUCUGUAGCUAUUUCAUUGUUAGAUUUUUUUGGCAGAGAUACAGACAAGCUAGUUGAGCAAUUGAAUAAGAGAGAUUUUGAAGAUAACAAUGAUAAAUGGUCAUGGUCAGAUAUUUUUAGCACAGAUGUACGAAAAUUCGAAGAACUAUUAAAUGCCAGCCAAACAGAUUCUGAAAACACUGAUACUGAUCUUGAAGAUGUAAAUGUAUCUUAAGAAAUUCAUGGUCUCAACAGAGAUUCUCGUUACAUACAAGAGGCAUUGCAUUUAAAUAAAAAGAUUACUGACAACAUGUGCUGAAAUGAGCUAUUAAAGAAGGUCUCUUCCUGGUAUUGUGGACCAAGAUGUACAAAAUAUAAAUAGCUUCUGAAUUAAGUUUAAAGACGUAUCUGAGAUAUAAAAAAAAAAACAAGACUGCCUGAGAGCUUCUAAUAUUUUCUUUGUUUGCUUGUACAUUAGUCCUUAUGGUGAAAAAAAAUAAAUAAAGCUCAUAUCUCAGGUGUUUGUUGUAAUGUAACGUCAAGAGCUGUUUUAUUAAAAAUGAUAUACAAGUAUGCCUACAGAAGAUUAAAAGUUUGGGAAAAUACAAA